AUGCUGUCGACGAAGAUACCGACGACGCGGAUACCGACAACGACGAUUCUGAGCCACUACUUUUUGAGGCUUGACGAGGUCAAGAGGCUUGAUGAGGUCAAGAGAGUCGAUGAGGUUAAGAGCGUCGAUGAGGUCAAGGAGCUCGACAGGCUCAGUGUCGUGAGGCUUGGGCUGCUGCUAGUUUCAGACGUCUUCUGGGUUGUUGAAGAGAAGCUGAUGGGGCUGCUACUACUCGAACUGGUAAAUAGAAUCGUGGAUGACGGGCUUGAACUGCCGUUUGACUGGCUCGACGAAGACGUGCCGAAUGGAGUCGUGCUUGGAGUCGGACUCGACGAUGAAUAA